UCAUUGAGUUUUUCAUUUAUCAAGUCAGAAUAAGAGGGGGAAUUCUGGCAACCAUAUAAACGGAUCAAAGAUUGCUUGCCAUGCAGUUUUAACAUUUGCUUUAUAGUUUACCUUUCGUGGCGUAUAAAAGCAUUUGAGUCUUAAAAACGCGAAAAUACUUAUUCAUUCAUGGCAGUUGUAAUAAAAUGGCCGCCAAAACUUAUUCAUGGCGGAAAUUAUAUCAAAGAAGGUCGGGAUUCAGCUAGAAGCACUUGCUUAAUUUUUUCUCCUAAAGAAGAAGAUGAAAUUGGAUCAUUGGGAAGAUAUCUCCAACUCUUCGCCAAACACAAAGUGAAUCUUUUACAUAUCGAGUCCAGAAGUUCUCUACGACGACCAGGCGGCUAUGAAUUUAUGGUGGAAUGUGCACCGGGUGGUAAUAUAGCCUCCGCAAUUGAAUCCCUACGAGAGCAAUGCAACUAUUUUUCGAUAAUCUCUAGAAAUCAUAAAGACAAUAUGGAUACAGUACCAUGGUUUCCAAGAAGGAUACGCGACCUCGAUAAGUUUGCUAAUCAAAUUUUGUCCUAUGGUGCAGAACUCGAUAGCGAUCAUCCUGGUUUCACAGAUCCCGUUUAUAGAAAGAGAAGGAAAUAUUUCGCUGACAUUGCUUACCACUAUAAAUACGGACAAGUUAUUCCAAGAGUGAAAUACACGCCUGAAGAAAUAGCUACAUGGGGCGUAGUCUUCAAAAAUUUGACUAAACUUUAUCCAAAGUACGCUUGUAAGGAGCAUAAUCACGUUUUUCCCUUGCUCAUCGAAAAUUGCGGUUAUCGGGAAGAUAAUAUACCCCAACUCGAAGAUAUAUCCAACUUUUUGAAGGAUUCUACCGGUUUCACACUUCGUCCAGUGGCAGGGCUACUGUCUUCACGCGAUUUUCUGGCUGGUUUAGCAUUUAGAGUGUUUCACAGUACGCAAUAUAUACGACACAGCAGUAAACCACUUUAUACGCCCGAACCGGAUGUAUGUCAUGAGAUUUUAGGCCAUGUGCCUCUCCUCGCUGAUCCAUCUUUUGCACAAUUUUCACAAGUUAUUGGUCUGGCGUCUCUCGGUGCUCCAGAUGAUUACAUAGAAAAACUUGCAACGUGUUUCUGGUUUACGGUGGAAUACGGAUUAUGUCGACAGAACGGCGAAUUAAAAGCGUAUGGCGCCGGUCUUCUCUCAUCAUUUGGAGAAUUGGAAUAUUGUUUAAGCGACAAACCAGAACUUCGACCUUUUGAUCCACCAAAGACUGCAUUGCAAAAAUAUCCGAUAACGGAAUAUCAACCCGUAUAUUAUGUUGCUGAAGAUUUUGAGGACGCAAAAGAAAAAAUGAUGAAAUUUGCCCAAACCAUACCGAGGAAAUUCGGAGUAAGGUAUGACGCUUAUACACAGAGUAUCAGCAUUAUUGACAGUAAACAACAAGUGGAAACUCUUGUGAAUAAUGUGAAUCAAGAAGUACAGAUUUUGAUGGACGCUUUGAAAAAACUGCAACAUUAGAAUUAAUUUUAUUCGAUAACAUUUCUUUUUAGCAUAUUUUAUAAAAUUAUAAUUAAUUUUUUUAUUUCUCUAAAAAAAUUAUUAUACUAAAACAUAUAAUAACAUAUACACGGAGAAAAUUUUAUAUAAAAAAUUAUAUGUACGGCAUUAACCACGGACUACGAAGCCGCGGACCAAAAAUUUUUACUAUGUUUCACAUGUGAAAAUCAUAGUAA